AUGGGAUGCUAUUCGAAGAUCCUGGCAGAAUUGGCGGACAAAGCCUCCAAAUAUGAGGAAUUGCUUAGGGAAGAACAACAGAAGAGAAACUCUUCCAAAUGCACAUACUACAAGACACCAUCUUUCUCAGUACAUUUGGUCGAAGUAGAAUCAGAAGAAGGUGCAGAAAGUUCGAAAGAAAGGGAGGUUGCAGUGGCAAAAAUGACGAAAUUAAAACAUCCUAUUAGCUGCAAGGCUUUGACAAAGCCGCCAAAGGAUUAG